AUGCAGCCAUACUCCCCAAACUGGACCCACAUAACAGAGUUUGUCAUGGUGGGCUUUGUUGGGGUGCAUGAAGCACGCCUCCUCUUCUUUACACUCUUUCUAGCCAUGUACCUGUUCACCUUGGUGGAGAACUUGGCCAUCAUUUUGGUGGUGGCUUUGAACCAUCGGCUUCGUAGACCCAUGUAUUUCUUUCUGACGCACCUGUCCUGCCUUGAAAUCUGGUAUACUUCAGUGACAGUGCCUAAGAUGCUGGCUGGUUUUAUUGGGGUUGGUGGGGGCAAGAAUAUCUCCUAUGCUGGGUGCCUGUCCCAGCUCUUCAUCUUUACCUUCCUGGGGGCAACUGAGUGUUUCCUACUGGCUGCCAUGGCCUAUGACCGCUAUGUGGCCAUUUGCAUGCCACUCCGAUAUGGGGCCUUGGUGUCGUGGGGCACCUGCAUCCGUCUGGCAGCUGCCUGUUGGCUGGGGGGCCUCCUCACACCUAUUUUGCCUAUCUACCUCAUGUCCCAGCUGACAUUCUGUGGCCCCAAUGUCAUCGACCACUUCUUCUGUGAUGCCUCACCCCUGCUAGCCUUGUCCUGCUCAGAUGUCACCCUGAAGGAGACCACAGAUUUUCUAGUCUCUCUGGUGGUGCUUCUGGCCUCCUCAACAGUCAUUUCUGUGUCCUACGGCAACAUCGUCUGGACGUUGCUGCACAUCCAUUCAGCUGCUGAGCGCAGAAAGGCCUUCUCCACUUGUGCAGCUCACCUGACUGUGGUGAGCCUCUUUUACGGCACUCUUUUCUUUAUGUAUGUCCGGACCAAAGUGGCCUCCUCCAUCAACUUCAACAAGGUGGUGUCUGUCUUCUACUCCAUUGUCACACCAAUGCUCAACCCCCUCAUUUACAGUCUUCGGAACAAGGAGGUGAAGGGAGCUCUGGGCCGAGUCUUUUCCUUCAGGUCUUGGGGAGGUCAGUGA